CUGAAAGUAAGGCAGGUCAGCAGCGAUGGCAGACGCGUAUCCUCAUGCUCUGCUCGUCGAACUUGAAGAAAACAAUAUACCAAGACUAAAAACCAAACUAGUCAAAUACUUUCAAAGUAGGAAAUCUAACGGCGGAGACUGUGAAGUUGACUAUGACACCGGCAGCAGGACGGCGGUGGUGCGGUUCCACAGAGAGGACGACCGUCGAAAUGUCCUGGAGAAAGAGUCGCAUCAGAUAAAUUCGGACAAUAGAGUGUUGAAGAUAACGGUGAGGUUGCCUGAAGAUGACAAGACUGAGCAGGAGACUCCAUGUGAUAACCCCAACAAAAACUUGGAUGUUUCUGUAAAGACCCACCAAAAUACAGAUGAACAGCCUUCUGCAUCUGAACUUCAGACUGAUGUCAAGGGCAGACAUGGUAUGACAGAAGAAGAAGAGCUCUGCAGCACCUCAUCUGUUUUAGAAAAUAUUCCAGAGGGGUUGAGCCAGGAGUACUGGGAGAUGUGGGUGGAGAACAUUAUGAGGAAUCCUUCCGGUUCAUCCAACCCAGACCACAUAACAGUUCAAGUCAUUCCUGACACAUCCUCUGCUGUGAUCACUUUCCAAAGUGCUGAAGAAAACAACGAUUUCCUGAAAAGAUCCCCUCAAAACAAGAAGUUCAAGGAGAAAGGUUUAGCAGUCCGGCCUCUUGAAAUCACAAAGCAGUUCUUAGUUCAAGAUGUUCGAAAUUUUAGUGGAGACAUGCUCCAACUGUAUUUUGAGAAUGAAGGUGGGGAUGUGGACGCUGUUGAACUCAAUGAAGACCAGUCUGCUGUCAUCACCUUUGCAGAAUAUGCAGCUGUUCAAAAAAUCACAAAGAAGAAACACCACAUCAAAAAGGAAGAAAUCAAAGUUUAUCCUUUUUAUAAGUCUUUGGGAACAGCCCUUUAUGGCAAAGAUAAGCCAUCUCUGAAACUCCCCACUGCCAUCUCUCAGCCCAUUGACAGUGCCAUUUGGAGAUUCUUAGAUUUAAGUGCGUCAGCAGCAGAGGCAAUUCAACGCAACCUUGCACAAUACUUCUGCAAAGUCAAACUUGAAUGCUCUACUGCACACUUGAGUCCCGUACCUUCACUUCUACAACAAAAGGAUGCCAGAUCCAUGACCAAAGAGUGGGCAGAUAAUGUGAAGUCAGCCUUUUCACAAGCUUUGUCAAAAUACAAAUCCCUCCCAUUGAAGCCUGAGCCAGAUGUGUGGAAAGAGUCAGAGAGAAAGGUCAGAGAGGUGAUACUGAAUGAAGAUGUUGUCAUAGUGUCUGAUGAGGCCAGUGGUGUCCUAUCUGUGACUGGCCCUGCUGCUGUAGUCAGCAGGCUAGAGGAAACACUUUGUGAAGUUGUAAACCAGAUUGCUAAAAGAGCACAAAGGGAGAAACUGGUAGUAACUGAAGAAAUCAAAGUAUCGCCGUCUGUUUUCAACAUCCUGUGUCAAGAUGGUAUUAAAAAUAAGCUGCUGAGUGUGUAUCCAGAACUCAAAUUCAAAAAUGAUAGCCCACAUCCAAAAAUAACUGGCUUAAGGGAUGAGAUAUUGGCAGCAAACAAAGUUAUCCUUGAUCAGAUGUUUGCAUUAAAACGACAGAAUUUAGAAGUAGAUCACUUUGUGCUUGACAUGUUAAAGGAUGAAGAACCAGAGGAGCUCACAAAUGCUUUCCUCACACCAAAUGGAAUAAAUGCAGCAUUUGACAUUAAUGCGCACAGAGUGCAGCUUCUUGCUGUUUCUGACAGAGCUCUGUGUGAGGCUGAAAGUCAUUUGAAACAUCUCCUCAUAUCUCAGUACAUUAAUGUCGAAGAUAACAAUGUCAUGAAGAAGCCUGAGUGGAAGGAUCUGGUCAGUCAAAUAGAGAAAAACAACAUUGAAUCAUGCAGAAAAAUUCGAAUCCAGACCCAAGAUGAUCAAGUUGUAGUGUCUGGCCACAAAGAUGACAUUAGUGUAGUUAGCUGUAAAGUUGAUGACUUCUUAAAACAGAAUGCUCAAGUUGAAGAAGCUGUUGCUGUUAAACCCAGUGCCAUACUUGAAUAUGUCAAAAAACACAAUACAUCUUUGCAGAACCAAGUGAAAGAAAAUGUGGUGGUUUCUUUCAGCAAGGAUGCCAUCUGUCUCAGUGGCCCUAGAUGUGAUGUUGAAGAUUGUAAGACUUUGGUACAAGGCUUUGUCUCCUCUGUUUUUUUUGACACAUUAAAACUCUCCAAACCUGGAGCCAAGAGGUUGUUCCAAGACAAAGAAGCAGUGUAUCUUCCUGCAAUUGCCAGUGAAACUGGUUGCUUAGUCCAGUUAGUUGAUGAGAUCAGUGAUGGACAGGAUGCCUCCACCCCCAUACAGUUUCCAAAACCUGUGUACCAGCUUCAGACACCUGAUGGUGUGGAAAUAGUUGUUUGCAAGGCAGAUCUUUGCCGUUAUCCAGUGGAAGCAGUUGUCUGUCCAGCCAAUGAGGACUUGAAACACAAUGGACAUCUUUCAGCAGCACUUCUGAAUGCAGGUGGGCCACAGCUACAGGAAGAAUUUGACAAACUUAUUCAUGCAAAAGGAAAGUUCAAGCCUGGGGACUGUGCCAUGACUUGUGCAGGAGGACGACUUUGUUGCAAAAAAAUUAUCCUUGCAGCAAGACCUGAGCUUUACUCAGACAAGUCCUUAAAGGCACAGACACAGUUGAGAAGGGUCGUUAAGUCAAGCUUAUCUCUUGCUGAAGAACACGGCUGCAUCUCAGUGGCUCUGCCUGUGAUCAGAAAAAACCUGGGGUUCCCCCUCGCUUUGUGUGCUUCCACCAUGGUGAAAGCAGUAAAAGACCAUUGUGAAGACACUUACGACGACAGCUGCCUGAAGAGGAUCCAUUUCGUGAACAAUGAAGAUAGUGUUGUACAGGCUAUGGAGAAUGCUGUUAGAAGUGUGUUCGGAAAUCAUGGUGUCAGUCAUCCUCAACUUCCUACCCAUGUUGCAGCCAAGUCCCCACUAGUCAAACAGGCUACAACCGACAGAAACUGCUUGGGUCAAGUACGGACUAAAGAAGGCCUGGACAUCACUGUGGUGAAAGGAAAUAUCGAAAGCGCUAUGACGGACGUGAUCGUAAAUACUGUGUUUGAAGAUCUUGCACUGAACAAAGGAGCAGUUUCACAGGCCAUCUUGGCUGCUGCUGGACCCAAACUGCAGCAGCUGGUAAAGGCAGUGAAAGCCAGUGGAAGCAUUGGUGACAUCAUUGAUACUGAGGGCUGCAAACUGAAAAGCAAACAUGUUUUCCAUGUAAUCACCCCUCAUUGGAAUAAUGGACAAGGCACAUCUGAAAAGGUGCUGAGUGGUAUUUUCAAAGAUUGCCUGAGCAAGGCGGAGGAGUCUGGUCAGAGGUCCAUUUCCUUCCCUGCCAUUGGCACUGGAAACCUAGGUUUCCCAAAAGACCUUGUAGCAUCUAUGAUGCUGGAUGAAAUGUUAACAUUUAGCAGUAAGAAACAACCAAAGCACCUGAAAGAGGUUGUUAUCAUUCUUUACUCAGGAGACACACACACAAUUCAGGCUUUUACUGAUGAAUUUAAUAAGAAGUUUCCAAAUGCAGGUCAACCAGCAGGUCCCACAGCAGGUCCCUUUUCUAAAAUAGUAUCAAGUUCAGGAAUGCAUGAGACCAAAAUGGGAAACGUUGCUGUACAAAUCACUACUGGAGACAUAACCAAAGAGACCACUGAUGUUAUCAUCAACUCCUCCAAUAAUGACUUCACUCUGAAGUCGGGAGUAUCCAAGGCUAUUCUGGAAGGAGCUGGUCAGGCUGUUGAACUAGAGUGCAAAGAUCUUGGUGCUCAGCCCAACUCCGGCAUGAUAAUGACCCAGUCAGGCAACCUCAAGUGUAAGAAGAUCCUCCACCUGGUUGGACAGACAGAGCCAGCCAAAAUCACCAAUGCUGUGAAAGAGGUUCUGCAGAUGUGUAUGCAGAACUCACACACAUCUGUCUCAUUUCCUGCCAUUGGCACAGGUCAAGGCAAUACAAGGGCAAAGCUUGUGGCAGAUGCCAUGUUGGAUGGAGUGAUUGAUGUAUUGAGUCAAAACCCUUCCAGUAUCCUGAAGACUAUCAGGAUUGUUAUUUUUCAACCACCAAUGCUUAAAGACUUUUACAACAGCAUGCAUGAAAGACAGAGCACUCAGGCCAAUGAGACAAAGGACAAAGGAAGCAUCCUGCAUACCAUUGGCUCCGUGUUUAAAUCUUGGUUUAGUAGUGGAAGCUCUGUAAAGCCACAGAAACAAGGAGAUUUUGUCAUUGAGGGUGUGAAAGUGGACCCUGCUUGCUUCCAUAUCUGUGGUGGCUCUCAGAAUAAGGUAGACUUGACUAAACAACGCAUCAGUGACUGGAUAUCCAAGGAGCUCAGCAGCACAGUCAUUAAAGACGACGCCAUUCUCAGGUUUUCUGAUGCAAACCAAAAACUCAUAGAAGACAUCCAGAAGAAAAUGGGGGUGAGCGUACGAAUUGAAAGCAAGAAUGGCCAAGUCUCACUCAUUAUAGAGGGUCUCAGCAAAGAUGUGGUUGAAGCCAGCAACAAGAUCCAUGAGAUGUUGAGGAGUGUGAGAGAUGAAGAAGACAUGAAUAAAAAAAUGGAGAUAGCAAGCACAGUGGCAGAGUGGCAGUACCAACAGCAGGGUCUCCAAUUUCAGAGUUUUGAUUUGAAGACUAAUUAUGAACUUGAGCAAGCACUGGAAAAGAAUCAACCUUCUGUAAAAGUCACAGUCCAAGGUCACGAUUACACAGUCACCAUGCCAAGUGGACCUGCUACUGACAAGAAAGGCCAGACCCUACAGAUAAAGAGAAUUGACAAACUAAAAGUCAUACCAGAAACGUGGGAAGUCAUGCCACCCAGUUCCUCCACCAAAUCCUUCCCCAUUGCGGUCGGAACACCUGAGUACACUGAUAUCCAGAAUCUGUUCCAAGCCACAUGCAAGCAAACAAUUACUAAGAUUGAAAGGAUUCAGAACCUGCGAUUAUGGCAGAGCUAUCACAUCAACAAACAACAUAUGGAUCAAAAAAACGGUAAACAAGCAAACAAUGAGAAGCGCCUCUUCCAUGGGACAUCUGAUGACACCCUCGCCAUCAUCACUAAUCAUGGAUUCAACAGGAGUUACGCAGGAAAGAAUGCUACUGCUUAUGGCAAAGGCACAUACUUUGCUGUCAAUGCUAGCUACUCUGCGAGCAACACUUACUCCAGGCCGAAUCCACAAGGAGAAAAGCACAUGUACUUAUGUCGUGUACUUGUGGGGGAAUUCACCACUGGGAAACCAGAUCUCAUUGAACCUCCCGUCAAGAGUCCUGGCUCCAUUGAUAAGUAUGACAGCGUUGUGGACAACAUUGUCAAACCUGCAAUGUUUAUCAUAUUCCAUGAUAAUUAUGCUUAUCCUGAAUAUCUCAUUACAUUCAAGUGAAACAACAAUGUACUGAGAAACAAAUGUCUAACACUGCCUUUGCUUAUAAUUGUUUAUAGAGCUGAUUUUAAUAUGUUCUGUUUUUUUAUUCAAUGAAUGUUUUUGUUAUCUACUUUAGAUGUUCCAGUCCUAUGUGUACCCUUUUAACAGUAAUAACACAUAAUACAUUGCAAAAAGAGCUAUUGGACAUAAGCCAAAUAUUCUUAUAUUUGACCAAAUUGCUUAGCAUAAAGCAUAGAAUAAAAGUCCAGCCACUGACAGACCAUAAUGGGUCUUAAAAGUAGUAAAAAUAAAUGUUCACACUUAUUUUAGAUCAAUAUUGUGGUGUCAUUUUUUAAGUACAAUUUUCCUCUGCUGGGAUUUUAUGCAAACCACUGUUUUUUACUUUUCAGUUAAUUCCAGUUUAAUAUUAACUGGAUUAUCUUAAGACGUUUUCUUUAAAUAAAAUUGCUUCUUCAAUGCAAAACAUGCUUGAUAAAAUUGUUUUUACUCUUACAAACAUUUGUUUUCCUGGAUAUAAGGCUUCAUUCCAAUUUUUAAAUUCCUUUUUUGUAGUGUUUGCGUUUUACAAAAACACUGUAAAAAUGAAACUAGAAGAAAGUAAAAAGCACUGGAGUGCAAGUAGUUUUUGUGCAUUGGUGUGGACAUUGGCCUGACAGACACUGUUGAUUUUAGAAAGAACACAAAACUGUUCUAUUCACAAAUAAAAUACAAAUACACUGA